CUUUCUGAUUGGUCAGAGCUCGAGAACAGUCUAUUCUUAUUGGUCCGUGCACAUACACACGCCGCGCGGGCGUUUAAACAGAGAAUUGGAACGAAGUCGAUAGUUAUCGAGCAAGAUCUAUGCCGAACAAGUUUGCUGUUAGCUGUCAAGAUCAUUUUAAAUAGCAUUUUUUCUGGUAAUGAUGAAAGUGGAGUGAGAAGGCCAAUCAGCGUGAACUGUGGGAAGUAUCAUCUUGAUAUUCUGUGAAUGUUAAUCUGUACGUUACCCUGAUGUUGGAUGCAGCGAUCCUUCAUGUCAUCAGAAUGGUUCUACAUAUCCUUGGAAAUGCUACAAAUGUUCCUCCGGCCAUCGGAGCAGAGGGAGAACGUCCCAAGAAGAAGCGGAGGAGGAGGAGUCUUGUCAGAGCUAUAGGAUCUAGUCUUCCUUUGGCCCCAAUACAAAGAGUACACUUCCAGAUAUUCCGUCGAUCUGACCCUCCAAUAUCCCGUCAUCAAUUCUACGAAGAUGAUUGUGAGCCGGCCUUUAUCCCUUCCCUAUCAGAUCUACCCUGGAUCGUUAUGGCAACACCAGACAAAGAUAUUAGGUCUAGGUCUGAAUACCGUCCAGUCAAGAACAAGAAGAAGCGACGCAUCACAAUGACUGUCCGUCCCCUUAACCACACCCCGCCCAAAUAUUCCACAAGCCCCUCCCCUCGACUCACCCCCAGCACCCUGUCACCUCUCCCAUUCACUACAGAGCUACAGACACCACCUCAACAGGGUUCACCCUGGUCAAAGGACGUUGACCCCGCUGGAAAGGUUGAUGACCCUGUAGCCCAGAAGAAGAUAUCUGCAUUAGAAACAGAGCUAGAGAAACUGAGAUCACAGAUUGCUAUGAUUGUCACCAUGCAAUCACAGCUCCCACAGCAAGCAGAUCCAACUCAAACUCCCUGCACACCUGUUAGUCGGAUGAGCAUAGCACCGAUGUCUACGAUCCCCCCUCCGCCACCCCCACCGUCGUUUGGGGCUGCCCCUCCCCCUGCACCACCCCCAUGUGGGGCACCCCCGCCUCCACCUCCUCCUCCCCCACCAGUCGCAGCACCUAAACUCUCAGCUAUUGAUCUCAUUAAACAGAAUAGGAAUAAAAACAAGAGCAAACCAAACACAACAGGAUCAUCUGAGGGUAUGCCAAACAUGGCUGAUGUUCUAAAGGGAUUAGGAACGGUCAAAUUAAAGUCAGUAGCAAGGUCGCCCGGUGGUACUCCAAUCAGGAAAGCUCCCAAACCUUCAGAUGCCAACGAUCCAGCGUCUAUCAUCGCUCGGGCCCUCAAGAAGAAGUUUGCUCAAGCUAGACUCAGCUGCAGUCCAAUAGCAGCGAACAAAGAGAAUAUCAACACCUCAGGAUCACCCUUGGCUAAGUGCAGUCCUGUCAGGCAUGCCAGUCCAAAGUUUGGACAGCAUUUGCUGAAAUCUUCAAAUAGAGCACAGCCAAACAUCAGGCAAUCCCGUCCUCUUUCAGACAUCAACGCAUGAAGGACACUAUUAAAGAUGAAAGCAACAGUACGUCCUUACUCAUUUGAGCUCUCAGAGCUACCGCGUAUGUUGUGUUUGGUCGCUUUUUGUCUUGGGUAAAGUGUACCAUUGACCAGCCAUUAGAAAAUAAACUGUUUAUAUUGCCUGUAAAGCAAUAUUAUCAUCAGUAUCUGGGAAAUCUGGAUACUAGUCACAUGCUUAUAUGCCCAGUAUGAUGAAGAGAAAAGCAUUGGAAACAUACUUGGCAUUGAAGCUGCAAGAGCUCAUUGUUUACCUUCAUUUUCUUUUUACACUUACAUGAAGUCCACACUUUGACCCAUAUCCCUGGGCUCCGUUGUCUAAUAGUUACUAUUAUUCAUGGUAACUUUUACGCGACGGGGCCAAGAUAUGAGUAUGGUACACUUCAAUGACAAAGCAUGGACUAAGAGUAAAAGAAAAAAAAAAUGAUUGAGAGAGGAGGGGAGGGGGGAUAAAGAGAAAGAGAGCAAAAUGGAAAAGAAGAUAACAGUAGCGAGAGAAAUAGAAAGAGAUAAAAAGGGUGGGAGGGUAGAGUGAGAGAAAAAUUAAGAACAAACUGCAAUUCUCAGAACUUUAUAGUAUCCAACCUAUAAGUUUGUUCAAAUAUGAACCAACCAGGUAUUGAUAAGUUCAAGUAUAAACCUACCAACUAUUUUACAAAUUUACAUGCUAAAUGAAAUGGGAUCUUUUUAACCAAUUGUUCCGUUGGUAGGUUAAUAACAAAUGUAUAACAAUAUCUGAAAGUGCCUUACUUGAAUGUGUCAAGAAAAAGAGAGGAUCAGUGUGACCGAGAUUUGAUGGCGCUAGUAAAUAGCCAAGAUGCUCUGUUUUAUCCAUCAACACCUUUAUUCUUUAAAGGAGAAUGAAACUCUUGGAGCAAGUUAGCUUUUGUGAAAGCAGAAAAAUCAAAGAAUAAGAUCAACAAAAGUUUGAGUAAAAUAGGACUAGCAAUAGAAGAGUUAUGAGCAUUUGAAUGUCGAGAUCACUAAUGCUAUGGAGAUCCUCCCAUUGGCAAUGCGACCAAGAUCUAUGAUGUCACAGAUGAACAACUCUCCCCUUUUGGACACUGAAAAUAUACCCCAAAAUAUCUCGUUUUGCUCAUUCUAACCAUAUGACAAACGAUUCAUCAAUGAUAUAAUGUUGUGAAACCUCUGUACUUGUCCUAUCAUAAAGAGAACACCUCACCUUGUGAUAGACUCUAUAAAAGUGAGAAUAUAAGUGAAAUAAGUACUAAAGUAAUGAGGGAGUUGUACGUGUGUGACAUCACAGAUCUUGGUCGCAUUGCCAAUGGGAGGAUCUACAUGGCAUUAGUGAUCUCAAUAUUCAAAUGCUCAUAACUUUCUUAUUAUUCAUUCAAUCUUCCUCAAACUUUCAACAAUAUGUUUCUUUGAUUUUUCUCUUUGAUAUGGAUUCAGCUGGUUUCAAGGGUUUCAUUCUCCUUUAACUGUUUUCAUCAUGUAAUGUCUGUUAUUCAUUUGAGUUGGAGAAUUUAAACAAAUAAAUUUUAUAUUUUAUCAAUUUGAUCCCUUUUAAACUUUUUAGCUCUCAUUACACCUGUUUCUUUUUAACAUGGAUUAUGCAUCUGAGAUGGCCUUACCAUAUUAUUCCAAAGAACUCAAUCGCCUACUAAUUUUACAGAAUAUUAAAGUCAGAAAAAAACUACACCUCACAAACCGGCAAUUUACUGAAAAACCAUGUCCCAAACACAAGACUCUUUUAUGUUCUGAAAGUGUAUCUUUAGAAUAGUGUGAUACCAUUUUUAUGUGGUAUAUCUUUACACUUUGUUAAUAAAGAUGUAAAAGCCCCCCCCCCCCCUGGUGUUUAUGACAUCUUUUCUUCAUUGAACUGGAUAUUAACAUGAUCUAAAAUGCCUGAUAACGGAUAAAUUCUGUAUGGGUUACAUUACAAAUAUCAACUGUCAAUAGAGGAUAUUUCUGGGCUUGUGUACAGCAAUAUUGUUGAGCAAACCCGUUUUUGGUUCACUAAAUUUUUUUAACUUCUCAGAAUGUGCCUUUAUCAAUCAAACUAGUGCACAGAACAAUUUAUUUUUCUAUUUUGUUAUGUUCAAGCAUAACUAAGCAUUACUGGGUUUGCAUUUUGAUUUGAGCAGUGUUUUGUGUAAUUCAAAGAGACUGUAAGAUAGAUACGUUUCAACAAAUGUUUUAUAUGAUAAAAACAGAAAGAUAGAGACAAAUAUUGACAAAGGUUUGACGAUUAUUGAAAAGGAUACUUGAGAUUUUUAUAUUUUGACAUAUAUGUGAGCAGCUGCCUCAUACAUGUAGGUUGUGUAAUGUAAAUUCUGUAAUAUCUCAAUUUUAAUUAUGGAUGACUGAAUAUAAUUUUUCUUGUAGAAGUGGGUAUGAAAUUAUGUGUCUAAUGAUAUAUUGAACGCAGCAGUAAAAACAUUCUCUCUUUUUUUGAGAAAAAAACAUUUUAUGGAAUUCAUAUCACAUGACACAAGGUUUCUACUUCCAUGUGACAUCAUAAAGUAAAAACAUGCUUUUUAUUCUUUGACAGAAUUUACAAAACCUUCGUAUUUUUUCAUCUGCUUUUAUUUAAAACCAAACUUUACAUCCUUGUGAAUUUCCCCUUCAAACGAACAUAAUCUACCAUCAAAGUAUUGAAAAUGUUUAUAAAUGUGCAUUGUUUGUUUGAGUUAUCUGACAUUGGCCUGAAUUCAUGAAGCUACACUGUAUUUCACACCAUGUCUUAUGCAGAUUUUUAUGCAUUGAUUAUUCUUUAUUCUCACCGUGUGGGUGUUUUAUAAAGCCGUUUGCAAAUUACGAGCGAUUUUACAACGACUGGUGAUCUUUUCUUAGGAACAAAAAUCAACGUCAAUGGAAAUCUGGUGGGUAUCAUUUAGCUCAAGAAGGGAUCACCGGUCUUUUGUAAAGUCGGUUGUUAAUUCACAAACACCGGGAAUACCGAGAAAGGGCCUAGUAAUCUAUGCACACUUCUAUCACAGCAUGGUAUUGAAAUUGACGCUUGUUACUAAGCAUUACUAAUGUAAAUAAAUUAACAUAAAGUGAACUUGUUAGAGAGAAAAAAAGUUGGUUCUUUAAUGCUGUAAUCUUAGUUACAAGCAUGAAUUUAGCGUGCUGCAAUUUUAGCUCCUUAGUUAUGGGACGCUUUUCUCAAACGCUCUGAAUUAAUCAUAAUGAGUUCAUGAAAUCUGCAUAAAUCAUGGUUUCAAACCACAGAUUUUAAAAUCACCUUUGUGAAUUCAGACCAUUUUGUUUACUCCUUGUUGAAUUUAUCACCGUUUUGUUUUAUUGUUUGAAAUGCAGGAUUAUUCAUCUGUACAUUUUCAUGUCCACUCAAAAGAAAUAAGAAACUUUUAUGUUGUAAAUAUUUCUGAUAUCUUAAUAAAUAACUUGAUAAUUUUAA